CACAACGGAAGUAGGAUUUUUGAUUGUGUCGAGCCUCUUUGUAACGCGAGGCCUUGGAGUUUCUACCUUGGUCUGUCUUGCAUUUGAAGUGCGUCAAGUGUGGAGUUAAUUGUACACAUUAUGCAGCACAUUCACUCGUCAUACUGGUGCCGACAGAGGAUAGGGAUCCGCCUCCAAGCUUAUUAUGACAAUUAGCAUCAAAUAGAGUGUCUGCCACUGGGUCUCCACAAAAAGCCACAUUAUAAUUCUCUAAAACUCAACUCUAUACACGUUGGUUUGUACGACUCCCCAAAACGCACUUUCCUUAGGAAAGAUGCAACGAAUGAAUUAGCACAAGAAAGAGACGAAGAGUCACCGUUUCUAUUUCUUCAAAAAUGGAGUAUCCAUCGAGAAAAAGUUGGAAUGUUAUUGAGUGACAGUCCCUCGGCGGUUUCAGGGGCACGUUUCUCGUGAUGCGCUGACCAGAAUUAGUGUGUGAGCAGUCGCAAUGAAAAAGAAAUACACCUUGGAUUCAUAAUCGGAAAAUUGGCCAAAGUGCUUGUGAAGUUUAGUACUCGGUGGGAGCGUGCGUUCAAUGAAAUCCUUCAUGAAACACAGUGGAUACUCCGUUUGUCUUGAUUCACCAGUUUUAUGUCAUAACUCCUUUCAUGUUGUAUGCUGGUUGAAAAUAAUCGGAAAACAAACGGUUUGGAGGUAUUGAUGUUGACUGAAAGCGACACAUGUCAGAGUUCACCGCCCGUUGCGGAUGUUUAUAAGCGGGCACGACCAAAAAGUACGCAGAGUUUGUUUUUCAGUUCCAUCGCGGUAAGUGGUGGGCAAAAGUUGACUCUCCUGACAGUAGGGCUACUAACCAAGUAACUGACACAGUGAUGCGAUGACAAAGAAUCCUUUAUAGCUGGUCACUAAAACUUUUUGGUUUUAACCACUGUUUAGUUUCAUUCAACAACGGGCCUACAAGGGGACGCUUAGUAGAUGUUAUUUGUUGUUUUGCAUUUAAGUAAGAAUAUCAAAGGCCCCGGUAUCAAAGAUGAAUGCCAACUGGAAUGUAACAAUUACAAAUAUCCACAGUGCGGCGAUGGUCAAUACGACAAACAACCUCGCUGCGGGCCUCACGGACGGCUUGCCAACCGAGGAAUUUGUCUUCAGCUCGGCAGCCAAGAUCGCAUUGACUGUGGUCAUCUCCGUGGUGGCAGCGAUGGGAUUAUUCGGCAACGCCAUGGUCGUAUUCAUCGUCAUCCGCUACAAGGACAUGCACACUGUCAUCAACUACUCGUUUGCUAAUCUAGCCCUGACUGACUUGACUUUGCUACUGUUGGACGCCGUGCCGACCGCUGCAGACACAGCUGGGAUCAACCUGUCGGCCCUUCUUGGCUGCAAAGUACCCAUUUAUCUACAAUACGUGUCUGCUGAGGUGACUAGCCUUACCCUAGCCUUUCUCUCUUACGACCGCUACCGCCUCAUCGUGUACCCCCUGAAGACCCUCAAGCGUCGAUCACCCCUUGCACUGCUGUCAAUACUCCUCGGAAUAUGGCUGGUGUCCUUCGUUGUACAAAUUCCUGCUGUCGUAGUCACUGGUCUGACGGAAGAGGGUAAAUGCUACGAGUUCAACGCCCCCUGGGGUGUCGAAUACUUCUUCUCUUACGCCUUAGUAUCUCUGUUCAUCAUCCCCACCGGUAUCAUCGUUUUCUGCUACGUCAGAAUGGGCCGGAAACUAUUGGAAGCUGGACCGAUUGGUAGCAGGAAAGAAACCCGGCGAAGACGCAGUGUCAAAAUAGUCCUGGCGGUCACCAUACUGUACGCCCUCUCUUGGGUGCCAUGCCACACCGUUCAUCUGUGGAUGGCCUUCAACCCUGAAAUCACGGCCGAGAGCCCGCUGUACGUGGAGCUGCACACCGCCGUCAACGUCCUGAUUUUCGUCAACAGCAGCGUCAACCCAUAUGUGUACGCCCUCAUCGGUCCAUCGUACCGCCACCACAUCAGGAGUAUGGUGAUAUGCAGCUGCCGCAACGCCAGCAGCCAGCAAAAUGUGAACACGGUAAGUUCACAGAAGGGGAAAUUCUGCAGAUAUCAGAUACCAGGAAGUUCGACCGAUCCUGAGAAUUCAUCACGGCUUUAGGCUAUCUAAACAUUGUAUCUUGGAGAAAGUAGCCACAACUUGAGGAAAAAAAUUUACUUUUAUUUUACUGCUGAUGAGAGACGGUUACUUUGGAAGACUAUUCAACCCGAGUGGGACCAAGAGAGGGCGCAGUUUUCCUAGCAACGGAGGUUCCUUUGGUGGAAACUGCACUUCGCUGAUUUACGAAUGACUGUUUCAUCACUACCCACAAAAUGAGCACUUUCCACUAACGUGGCUCGUUUCAGCCGAUGAGGGGGUGCUUCUGCUUAGACAGAUUGCGAAUAAAUAAUUUUAUUGGUGUCACAAUGACCUUCAGACAUUACUAGAAAAAAUAUCAAAGACUCUACGCAAGAAAAGGUUACUUGACAAAUAUCGGAGCGAAUUGGGGGGGGGGGGUUCGCCCCGGUUGUUUUACUGCAUUUAACAUUGCUGUACUAUUUGUCACUAUGUUGAGACACUGUUUUCUUUCACAACGAAUCUUUGCAUAAGGCACUUUUGUUCUGUGAUUACAUUUACUCUCAGGAGAUGGCCCGCACUCCACGUCAUAGGCUGUUGCAGUCGGCUCUCGAUAAAAAUUUGUCUCAACGAGUAAAUUUUUAGGGUUCCAAUGUGUAAUAGUUUUUCUUAAGUUUUUCAAGUCCCUUUCUGACAAGGUUCUUGUUACAACAAGGUAAUUCGCCUGGCUCAAACAACUUGAACGAGAGUGGCCUGUGUAGGUCUGCUUACACUUGGCUCAAGUGAAGACGUUCUAUACCCAGCAAGAAAUGAGACUGAGGGGUACCCCCCAACAUGUCCAAUCCCUAUACAUAUUCCAGA